AUGGGUGUAGACAGACCUUUUAAUCUCCCAAGGUUCGUCAGCGAUCGUAAGGUUGGGACAACACAUAUUAGUGUUGAUCAUAGGGUUCCAACCUGUGGAGGUGCGGAAAGUGGCCAACUUAGUAGUUAUAUGGAUCUUGAUGUUAACUUUCUAAGUUCACUUCCUAACGAUUGGAUACCGCAUACCUACGUCGGAGACGUAGAUGGCUCUUACAUGCGGUCGAGACACCUUCUGUUGUGUUGUAUCACUGCAGGACUACACCGUGCAGACAAUAUGAUCGAUCCUCAGUUGCAGGUGCUGAGGAUAACGCGUGUUCCUUGCACAGCAUCGAAUAGGCAUGUACAACACCUGCUAAACGCCUAUGUGGUUUCUGGCUUUACUGAAAAGUUAACGGUAGAACCUCAUUUGCUGCUGUCUUGUUAUGUCGACGUGGCAGGCCGGGGUUCGCUGUCGGUUGGCGAUCGCAUCUAUCUACCCUCACGUGACGAUUUGGAAAAGAACGAACAGUUCACAGCAGCUGUUAUUACUGGAACAUUUGGCGACGGAUCGUCCAGAUGGAUGGUCCCUGACCAUGAAAGGGUUGUCCUUGCACCUAGGGUGUCGUCAAAUUCUAGGAAACAGGUGCCUCCUCUACCGAUAACAGAGCCUGCUCACUACGAGUACAAGCUAUGUAAUUUAAAACAGCGUUUCGGUUGUGUCGGAAGGCGCAAGAAGGUGAUGCUAUUGACUGCAGAACAGGGUUUGAGGGAUUUAGAGUCAUGUUGGAGCCCGCCUAUUCGUCAGUGUAUUGGUGCGGUGACUUCGAAGGGUGGGUGUGAUGUUAUAUGUUUUCAAAUUACACCAGGUUUCGCCAACAAAGGGAUGUGCGUGGUACAAAUGGGCAGUUUCCUCGAGUUGCUGCGAUUGAGCAUUAAGGUCUGCCGAUGCACAGUCACCUCCCCUUUGCCCAUCAACCGUUUGCAUUUGUUCGCAUGGCUAAGGAGCACGUCCAGCCGUGAUUAUGUGGCAGGUUGGUCAUUUAUCUAUUGUUUCAUCAUGUCGUAG